AUGGCGGACAGUGACACAACAGCUCUGUGUAUAAAGAACAGAUCAGCGUUCGAGCAUCAACACAACCACCUGCUGCACUGUCUGGAGAAGACGACGAACCACGAGUUCACCAAUGAGAUGAACUACAGCGAGCUGUGCAUGACGGAGUCGGUGGGCUACAGGACCAGUCGCAGCACCUCCCUGUCCAGCCAGCAGGGGGCGCAGAACAACUCCACCGGCUGCUGCCCCCGCCGGGCCCGGAGGAGAGCCGCCAUGCGACUGGCCAACUCCACGGUGUCCGUCAGCCGGGGCAGCGUCCAGGAGCUGGACACCCUGCACAUCAAGUCCACCUCCAUCACACCACAAACUCGUUCCAGUCUGAACGCCCAGAUGAGCGACCUGAAGCUGAACUGCGGGGAACCAGAUUUCACCGCUGCCAUCAUCAGCAUCCCGACGCCGCCGGCCAACACGCCCGACGAGAGCCUGCCGCCAUCGCCCGCCUCGAUCCCCGGCAUCCUGCGCAACACCCAGGCCACCGCCUACACCCACGACACCUUCAAAAUCUCCUCCUUAUAACCUCCGACCACGCCCGCGACUCCCCCUCCCCUGGACACCCACCCUGCCGCCCCACAGCCGACCUCCCUGUGAGCUCUGAACCUCCUCUGGAUCCUCUGAUCCUGAUACCCGGGGCGCCGCCAGCAGAGAUCUCGAGUAUGCUCGUUGCUUUUCACUUCCUCUCACUAUUGUUGUGGAUUAACGGAGACACAAGGGACAAAUAACCAUAACAGGAGCUGGGAAAUCAAGCAAAAAUGAAUGGUAAGGAAUUUGCAAAGAAAAACAAUAAUUGCUCUCCCGAAGAACCAUUCCAAGAAUUCAUUUUACCCCAACACACACUUUUGGGACGGUUCAUCUAAUGGAAACGAUGCCAAGAUUCCCAAAGAAAGACAUCAAGCCCCCUGAAAACCAACAAACAGGUUUCAUUGGGUCAGUUCUUUGCAUCUCUACGGGUACCACAUGGCUGCGAGGACAAUGGGCUUGUAUUUCAGUCUGAACCUGGUGUGAAAGGACCGAGUGGUUUUGGUCUUGACAGUGAAAAUCUGAAGGACUGUAGACCAGCUGGAGGAUCAUUCAGACUCAACCGUUUCAGAGUCAAACUCAUCUUUGAUUGGAUAAAGACGAGACCAUCUGCAGACAACCAAGCGACCCUGAGCGGCUUCCAACUCAUUGAUUUGUUUGGAUGCCGUUGUGGGGAAACAGGUGACAGUAAUCAGGCCGAUACAGCUGCACGAUGAUACUUGAGGUUUGGUGAUAUUAACUUCUGUAUUGGACCGCUUAUGUGUAGAGGUUGUAGGUUUAAACCCCACAAAAAUGGGUUGCGAUGUCUUAGAAGAGGAUGAUUCUGAAGUCUGUACGGAUGAUCUUUCCACUGGCUCUGAUUCAGCAGCUUCAGGUCAACUCUUCAGAGUCUGGUUGUAAGAGGUGACCGAACACGAAGGACCAUCCAGACGCUGCUGAAACGCACCAAUCAUAACACGUGAACCCGGACUCAACUGGGCUUAACUGAUCUAUGCUGAGCCUGAAUACUGUUCACUACUCUGAGCUGAUCCUUAAGGAGCUGAACUGGACUCAAAGGACUUACCUGUUUUUUUCUAAAUGGGACUGUAGAGAGAAAAGGGGUUAAAUGAGGGAUUCUGGAUCAAUCCGGUCUGAUGUGGACUCGUCUGGUCCGGCUGUAGCUCACAGGUGUUUGACGUCCAGAGGAACGAAAGCGUUUUACUUUUCAAAAUAUGCAACAUUACAACAAGCAGGAAAAUAGCAUCAACAUGAAGAGAAUAAUAAUAAUAACAAUAAUAAUAUGUGUGUUAUAAGAGUACAGUAAUCAUUGCAGGGAACAUCAUGUAAAGCAACUAGAAUCCAUUUGUUCUGUGAUCUCUUCAGUGAGAGAGAGAACACAACGUGUAUUCUGCAAUAGAUUUGAAUGGGAACGAGAAGCGCGACGCCACAAAGGCUCUUCAGCAUUAAAGUCACGUUCGUCCCGAUGAGGUGCAUUCUGGGAGAAAAAGAAGGUUUGUUUUCAACACAUUCAUGGAGAAGUUACUUCAGUUUUAUUCAUCAAUGAUGCUCAAUACCUUCAGCUCCUCAGUGGAUCAAAAUAUCUAAAGAAGAGAUUACAUCUGUUUGACAUCUUUUCACCUGUAGAUCAGUUUUGUGGAUUUUAUUCAUCUUUUUCCCCAAAGUUUAAGUUAACUGUUAGGAGAAGCAGUAGGAGCCAUGGAGGGGUUACUGAACAGGCCUAUCGGGCACAGACCCAGGGGCCCAAAGUGUCAGGGGCCCCCCUGGUCUACAAAGUGUCUCUCAAACAGACAUGUACCGACCAGGACUCACAAUGACCAGAAAGAAACAUAAAAGGACUACAAAGAGACACAAAACAACUACAAAGAGACAGAAAACAACUACAAAGAGACAAA